AUGUCGCGGACGGCGGGAGGCGACGCCGAUACGGCAAAGCUGGCUGUUUGGAAGGAGGCGCUCUACGAGAGAUGCAAAGAGGCCGCGCCCGAGAAUGACAUGUUCUCGCAAGAUGACCUUUUGCGGCUCGAUGUCAUCCCAAACAAAGAUCUGAUGCUGCUGGCGCGUGUUGUCCAGUCUCUCAGCGAUGAUAAGCUGUUCAUCACCAUGCGCGAGGCCUCGGGCCAAGUGCUCUGGAAGUGGCGAGACGCCCAGGAAGCACACAAGUACAAGCAGUGUACGACCGACGAACAAGUCUUGGUUUAUUCCCUUGUCGACGAUGCGGGCGGCGAUGGGAUAUGGUCGCAAACGCUGCAAAAGCGCCUCAACAUGCACGACUCGGUCCUCAAGAAUGCGCUGAAGCAAUUACAGACGAAGGGGCUGAUUGCGCCUUUCAAGAACGUCGAGCACCCCAAUAAGAAGAUGUACAUCAAAGCCUCGAUCCGGCCCAGUGACCGGGCGACAGGUGGGCCAUGGUACACUGAUCAGAACUUUGACGAUGCCUUCAUCGAGGAGCUUCAGCGUGUCGUCUUCGACUUUAUCAAGCGCCAGAGCAGCUACCAUAGCACACACGCCGGCUCCGGCGCGGCCAGGUCGCAGGCACCGAAGAAAGGCGUGAUUCAGGGUGGUACAGAAAGGGGCAAGAAGCGCGAUGCCAGUGAGAUGAGCAAGCCGCCAUCCAAGGUGUCCAAGACGACCCCUGGCACCACGCCCAGGAAGGAGGCGGCGCUGCUACCGCUGCCCGCGGGCUACACCGGCUACCCCUCCGUGCGAGACAUUGCGCGGUUGCUUUCGAGCAGCGGAAUCACCAAUAAUACUAUCCUGUCGGAGGACGAUGUCCGAAAACUGAUUGACGUCCUGGUCUGGGAUAACCUCAUCGAGCCGGUACGCGUCGCAGGAAAAAUCGGCUAUCGAGUGGCUAGAGUCGUUAAGCAAUCGACCGAACCCUGGGCAGGCCGUGAGGAGCCCGGAGGGCCGGAGCCAUACACAAGUCCCUACACAGAAGCGCCGUGUGGUCGGUGUCCCGUUUUUGACCUAUGUGAGGAUGGUGGCCCUGUCGGGCCGAGCAACUGCGAGUACUUCAAGACCUGGCUUAGUAGAAAUGACCCCUGA